GCGGAACGGUUUACAUGAAAUCAAGUCUUUGAUCCUAAUGAUUCGGGUAUAUACAUUCAACGUACUGCGGUAAUUCUAACAUUCUAGGAUCUUUUCGUUGGAUAUUUGUUCAUUCGUUAUAUCUUUCAAAAUGGUUGUAACGGCUGUAAAAGAUGAGGCAGAGUUUAACAAGAUUGUUAAAGAUACCAAGAACACGCUCAUAGUCAUAGAUUUUUUUGCAACCUGGUGUGGUCCUUGCAGAGCGAUUGCCCCUAAAAUUGAACAGUUUUCCAAAACAUAUCCAGAAGUUGUAUUCAUCAAGGUGGACGUUGAUGAUGUUUCGGAGGUUGCUAAAAAGUGCGAUAUUUCUGCUAUGCCUACAUUUCAUUUGAUGAAAAAUGGGGAUAAAGUUGGCGAGUUGGUCGGGGCUGAUGCUGAUGAACUGGAAAAAUUGAUUCAACAACACAAAUAAAACACGUGACUUUGCUAAGUGAUUGCACGGAGACAUUGUGACACCUUUAACACAUGAUUUAAUGCUUGUUAUUCUAUAUAUAAAUGAUCUUUUAUGUAAUACAUAAACCAAUAAUCUUAUUGUUCAAAACACUUUUAUUUAUAUAUCUCUUCAUGACAAGUUGAUCUCUUUAUAUAAAAAAUAUUUUGUUCUUGCCUUUAUUUUCUUAUAUUCUUUUAUUUUGCAUAAACAUGCUGGCGUGAAACCCUUUUCUAAAUGUUUACGGUUUUGAAAAUAAAAAAUUAGGUCUUGCGAUUUUAGAAUAAAUUCUUUUAUCUAUUUUAUUUCCGAAAAUCGUCGAAUAAAAAUAAAUAUAACAUGGUAGUAUCUCUAGUGCAUAUAGAUACACACUUGUCUUUCAGACAAAACAAAUUACAUUGAUUUGAAAUGUGUUCUGUUUUGUACAAAGAUUUUAAAUUUCAAAAAUUAUAAAUAUGUUAAUAAAUUAUCAUUUUUCAAAUGCAAUUAAAUCGAAAGUGAU